AUGCUCGAGGGUGAAGAUCGCGCUCAGCUGAUCAAGGACAUGCAACGAGGCCGCUCCGGUCAAAUCCCCUACGACUAUAGCACGACGCUCGCCUUCUACGAUGCUCGCAUCCUCCUCGUCUUUGCUGGCAUCUCUAGCGGCCCGGACAGCUACUGCACAGGGGCUGUUAUCUCCAAAGCAGGACCUCUAGGAAAGGUGGAGGACUUCUUCAAAGUAUUCGAACGGCUGCGCGAACAACCGGAACCACACACACUGCAACGCGCCGACGAUGGUCAAAGAUGUUAUAUCUACCUGAACACAGGGUUCGCACAUGACAAUCCUGUUGGCUUGCGCCCACCUGCCCUCGUCGAGUGGUUCGAGCGCCAAUGGCACGGACAAUCAUGA